AUGCACCUUGUCACUCUUAUUUCUUUUGCCUGCACUGUAAUUAGUGCCAGCGCAUUCCAAUUUCCAGAAUUUGUUCCUCUGCACCGGCGCCAGGAAGCGGGAACGCCUGCAUACGAAUGUCAUGCCAACUGCGGCGGUGUGAUUGUCGACGCUCGUACGGAUGGUUACUGUGAUUCUGAGGAUUUCACCAUCGAGCUGGCUGAUUGUUUGGCUUGUGCUCUUGAGUAUGACAUCUGGCAAUACUACGGGACCUCUGUGUCCGAGGCUGCUGAAGCAUGCGGAUUGACCGCCACCCCCGCCGAAGCAUCAUCCACUACUACGUCUGACAGCGCUAGCGCUACGGAGACUGCCGAACAGAGCGCUACUUCUGUAGUCGACUCCAGCAUAAUUACUGAUACGGCAAGCUCCGCCACUCGUACCACCAUCAUCUCGACCUCGGUGCCAAGCUCCAACGGUGUGCGUAUCUCUUCUCGGCCAUUCUCGUCGAUUCCUUCGGCUACCGCUGCUAGAAGCUCGGCCGCUAGCACUCCUUCUUCCAGCACCCUGUACAGUGGUGCUUCAUCCACCACAUAUGGUCGAUCACUUCUUGGUGUUUUGGCAGGAUUUCUUGUUGCAAACUUCAUGUAG